AUCACCACUUCGACAAAGUAAGUAUCUGUCUCGGCAUCAGCCUCGCUGCACUUGUAGUAUUUGAUAGAUCUUGUAGCUUACUCUUUCUGCUGGUGCAUACCGACAGACAUACCUACGGCCAGAAAUACCUUCCUUAUUAUUUUAUCAACAAAUUGAUUGUCUUUGUCAUUAUGGCGUCUGGCUCGAAUUCCUAUGGCAUUCGCAAUGCCAACGCGGACAACAUUUCUUCCUCCGUCGCGACUAAUCCCAAUGCGCAUAAUUACGAUAGCGAGAGAAACACGCCCUCCUAUUCGACAUACACGACAAGCAGUGGCUACGGCUGGCGUAGCGAGUACACAAGGUACGACAGGAACGGUGGAGCUGGAGGUGCUCCUCCCGGUGCCGCACCAGCUGGGAGUGGUGGAGCGCAGAAUACGCAGGGAACAGGAACGAGUGACUGGAACUCCGGCACCUCGGGCUGGCGAGACUACGGCGAUGGGACGAGCCAGGCGACGUACUACGGGGAUUCAUCUUCGCUCUAUGGGACGCACCAGGACCGCCAGCAGCAAAAUUUUCAGCAGAAUUCUUGGCAAACUCAGGCACAGGAUGCAGGUUCGUGGAAUAAUAAUGACACGGACACUCAAGAAAAUUCAAAGUCCUGGACGUACUGGAACCCGAACUGGAACAACUGGUGGCAGAAAAACUCGGAUAACACCUCCGCGGCCACAGCCGCUGGAAGCUCAAGCGGCGGGUGGACCGAGUCAGGCGAAAGAAAUGAGAGUGGUAAUGGGCAGACAAGGAACGAAGUCGAAGAUUCUAAUCAUGGGUACAACUACGGCCAGGAACAUCAUCAACAGAGUGCGGGGACGGGGAGCUCCCGUGCUCCAGACGAUGGAGACAGAGCAUGGCAAGAUACAACUUCGUCGCCUUGGUGGGCUGAGAACGCCUCGGACCCCAACAGCCGCGACGCCUCGUCCGAAAGUAGAUGGCACGACAGCCCGCAGGGCGGUGGAGAAGCAGCUGGAGGUCGCAGCCAGGGGCGACAGGAAGAUAUUGCCGGUGAAAAUGUCAACAACACCACGACCCGAUCGUCCGACAAAGGUAAAGGAGGAGGAGGAGGACGGAACAUACAAGCCCUCUCCAAAAAGGACGCUCUAGCAGUGAAGCGCAACGAAACGCAAGCCGCGAGAGCGAAGCUUGGCACCGAAUUGAUGGAGUACGCGAUAGGUGAUCUAAACCGUGCCCUUCGCCGAGAGAAGCGCAUCGCUCGCGACGAAAAAGGGAUGUGGGUCCUGAGCUGCGAUCUGCCGAAGCGACAGUUUGGCAGUUGGCAAGGCCCCCCGAGGCCGCCGACGCGGCAGGAGUUGAAACAACUGAUGCAGGAAAACACGCGAUUCGAGCAAAAGCGGUACGAGCUCUACGAGUGGGACAAAACCGGAAAUCAGAUGCAGGGAGAUUGGGUACAGAAAAUUUACUCACUUUUGUAUAGGAACUGAUUGUGAUUGCGCAUGCGCACUAGCUACAAUUUGCAUUUUGUUUUGCUCUGAUUUUGGUCACUGCUUUCUUUGCGUUCAUUUGUAGUGCCUCGACUGUGCCUACCUCACUUUGCACAAUGACCCGCAUAAACACGAUAGAUUCUGACGCACCAAACAAGGCAUUUUCACUCUGAAAACGAUAAAUCGCAUACUAGUGCUGGAUCCGUGCGACGCACAAAGUGGAUGUGAAAUCUCGAGUAGACGAGCGAUCGAAGGGCAAGGGCAAGAAGGGCAAAGACGCUCGCGAUUGGAGCGGGUCGGCCAACUCUCCCGGAAUCACGAGUACUUCUCCGUCGGACAAAGGACGCAAGGGUCACCAGCGUCGCCGGGACCGGCAAGAAAAUCUUGAUGCUUCAUACCUCGAGCACAAGACACCGGACUUCGUGUUUUGGGAACCGCUUCUCCGCACUCGCGGACUGCUGGACGAAUUUCUCGGGAACAAGACCUGUUCAACGACUACUUGGGCGUCGAAUGCUUCUCCCGAUGCCGAGUCUGCUGGCGGUGGUAGUGGUAGUGCUAAUGGUAGUGCUAUUUUUGGUGGAGCAGCACCUUCUUCCUCCUCGUGUGGUCCUCCAAAACCAAACGCACAACAGCACCGCGAUGACAGCAGUCACACUGCGUUCGCGUUUGAUGCGGCGACGGUAGGAGGGAGUGCCACCGAUCAAGAAAACCAAAGUAGAUGGAACAACGGCGCACCGCAGCCGCAGUGGACUUCUUCGGCAUCUUCACGGGAACAAGAACAGACCCCCGCACCGCCACCUGCAGUGAACGUGCCACAAAUUCAACGCCAACCGGGGCAAUCUUCGAGCUCUAAGGCACCAACCCCGGCGGAAGAAUACUACAUCGGGACACCGGCGCCGGCAGAGCCGGAUGACGCGUACUCUGCCCACUACGACGAGAACGCGACCACCCGUGGCGGUCGAGGCGCGGGAAGGUCCGACGCUCCUGCUCAUCCGCAAUCCCCACAUAAAUCCGCACCGGGACGCAUGGGACCGGCGUCCACCCAGCCCCUCGAUUCAUCACAUGUAAUUACGUCCUCCGGCAAGAGCCUGGAUUCUGUAAAGGCCGUUGCGGGCGGCAGUCCAGAUUUAGUGGCCCACGCGGCCACACCGGAUUUGUCGUACGACAGAGCAUCAAGCACAAGUCGCAAAUCCUACCCCUACGACCGCUACAACAGGUCCGCUUACCGUUACCCACCUCCAGCGGACUGUGUGAGGAUGCUUCUGUCCGGCUGCAAAAAAAACGAAUACGCUUACGCUGCGUGGCAAGAAUGCAAUGAGCACGGAGAAUUCAUGAAAGAAGAGCAUGGUAGGAUGAGACAAAGUGAUGCCUCUGAGUCAGGUACAUGUAUUUCGGGCGCUGCUCGUCGCGGCAAUGUGGAACGCGAGGAUAAUGAGAAUCAAGACGAAACGAAAUCGCAAGCGAAGAGCAAGAAGGUGCUGAAAGUUUACCCUAAUGGCAAAGAUGAUGACGAAGAUCAAGACUUCAUCACAAUCAAAUGGAACGGCAAGAAACACAGCGGAAGAGUCACACCGUAUACCGACAGUGCUGGAACGAAAAGUGACCGACUUGCGUUGAAACUUGACGGCGCAUGGUGGUAUUGUCACGGGUACGAGAAAAGAACGGCUGAAAGCAGCAAGCGAGGACCGGAACACUUCUGGUUGGUAGGCUUCAAUGAUUCCAGCGGGGCGACGAGAUUUUUUCGAGAUGAACCCAAACCACCGAAAUCCACGCCAAGCUCGACGAAAAAAUCAAAAAAGGAGAAGAAAAGCAAACGCGUCGAGGCAUGAAGAUUGACAUUGAUACAUUUGUCUUUGUGCGGCCGAUAGGCGAUAGCGAUGGGGAUGGCAAUACAGAUCCGAACUACAAUAUGACGAAAUCACAGGACGAGGAGAAGCCAUCUAAUCUUUACACCCCAUUCAGUUUCCGAAUCAAUAACGCAUAUUCGAAUUGAACAAAAACAGAAACGCAGAUCGUAAACACAACCACUCUACGCAGAUCGAUGAAUCACAUUUGAAUUAUAC